UCUCUAUUUCAUCUAAAAAUCAAUUCUUUUCUUACACUGUAACUUUUUCUAUACAUGUUAUGUAUAUGUAUGUAUUUAUGUAUGUAUGUGUGUAUAUGUUUGUUUAAAAGGUUGGUGGUGCAUUAUAUGAAAACUAUUGUGAGUUGGGUUUGCAAUUUGCAUUUUGCUGGCACGCUUUAUUAUCUGACUAUGACUUUGACUUUUGUUUUGUUAUGUUCAUACAUGAUUUGUUCUUGUGCUUCACUUGUUGCUUUUGUUUUAUGCUAUAUAUGGAUUGGAUUGUUAACACUCAUUUUUCACUUGCUUUUUUGUCUUCUGCUACAAUUUGGAUUCAUUACAAAGGUUUCUCAACUGCUUGGAUUUGCUCAAUUCCUUGAUUUCUAGGGGCAUCUUUGUUUUGCAAAAAUAAUGUGUUAGAUACAAUGAUGAGACAGUUGUGACAAGUAUAUGGAUCCGCAAGCCUUUAUUAGGUUGUCGAUAGGCUCUCUGGGAUUGAGAAAUAUCGGAAUUGAAGUGAGCACUGGAAAAUCCGGAAUUCAAAGACUCUCUUCUUCAUCUUAUGUUUGUGAGAUACGGCUUAGAGGUUUUCCUGUUCAAACGUCGCCAGUUCCCUUGAUAACCUCAGCAGACGUUUUACAUACACAGAACAGCACUUCAAGCUUUUAUCUCGAGGAAUCUGAUUUAAAAGCACUGUUAGCUCCUGGUUGUUUCUAUAACCCUCAUGCUUAUUUGGAGAUCAUCGUGUUUUCGGGGAAGAAGGGAUCACAUUGUGGAGUUAGUGUCAAAAGACAGCAAAUUGGCGUUUUUAAAAUGCAGGUUGGUCCUGAAUGGUGUGAAGGAAAAUCUUUGAUUCUUUUUAACGGGUGGAUCGGUAUUGGCAAAAACAAACAUGAAAAUGGAAAACCAGGUGCUGAAUUACAUUUGAAAGUUAAACUAGAUCCUGACCCUAGAUAUGUAUUCCGGUUCGAAGAUAUAACAACAUCGAGUCCUCAGGUCGUUCUGCUGCAAGGAUCAAUCAAACAGCCAAUCUUUAGUUGCAAGUUUAGUAAAGACAGGGUUUCUCAGAUAGACUCAUUGAGCACUUUCUGGUCGGGUUCAAACGACGAGUCUGACUUAGAGGGUGGGAGGCGAGAGAGAAAAGGAUGGAAGGUGAAGAUUCAUGAUCUAUCUGGUUCAGCUGUAGCUGCAGCCUUUAUAACAACUCCCUUUGUUCCAUCUUCAGGUUGUGAUUGGGUUGCCAGAUCCAACCCUGGAGCUUGGUUGAUUGUUCGACCCGAUGUUGGUGGAUCUGAGAGCUGGCAGCCGUGGGGAAAACUUGAAGCAUGGCGCGAGCGCGGCAUUAAAGACACUAUAUGCUGCAAAUUCCAUCUUCUAUCCGAACCACAAGACAGAGACAAUUUUCUUAUGUCUGAAAUACAUAUAAAUGCCGAAAAGGGUGGCGAGUUUUUCAUAGAUACCGAAAAACACAUGAGAACUGUGACUUCUGCGACAAGUCCAGUUCCUAGUCCACAAAGUAGCGGAGACUUUGGUGCACUGAGUCCAGUUGUCGCAGGCUUUGUCAUGAGCUGUAGAGUUCAAGGUGAAGGAAAGCGUAGCAAACCGUUAGUACAGCUGGCAUUGCGACACGUGACAUGCGUGGAGGAUGCUGCAAUCUUCAUGGCACUUGCAGCAGCCGUUGACCUCAGUAUUGAGGCGUGUAAACCUUUCCGAAGGAAGAUCAGAAGAGGGUUUCGAAACACAUAAACAAGGGUAAUUGAUGAUUAAACAAUAUCAUGAAUGAAUGUGAAUGCUUUUCAUUGAUGCAAUGUUUAGAAAAUUGUACAGCAUAAGUUGUCACACAUUGCUCUCUUGAAAAUUCUUCAACUCAUUAGCAAUGUGAUGAUGUAUUUGGCUACAUGACAAUGUAACUUUUGUACUAUUAAUUAAGAUGCACAAAACAAGCACUUAAGCUAA